UAGAAGUAAAACUAGAGACAUGGUCCAGAGGCUGAAUUUCUGAUUUAUGUAGAAUAAACAAGCAUUUGAUUGUUUUAAAGACAUUCAAGGCGUGUUUAAAAUAUACAUUAAAUGCCAUAAUAGGUCUCCUUUAAUGCUGAAUUCACUCUCCUUAUAGCGUCCACAGAGCAGCAUCAUGAUGGAGAAGAUCUUGUUGCGUCUUUUGUUUCUCUCAGAGUGGUUCAUCCUCUCUACCUGCCUCGUCCGUCACUACCACUUUGUUGAUCAGUCGUUGACUUGGACUGAAGCUCAGACCUACUGCAGACAGACAUACACAGACCUGGCCACCAUCGAGAACUCUGAAGAACUGAACCAAUUCAUGAACACACUUUCAUACGCUGGUCAGUUCUGGAUCGGUCUGUACAACAAAAUCAACUGGAGGUGGUCUGAUGGGUUCAAUGGUACCGGGGCUGACUACAGGAAUUGGUACAGUACUGAACCUGACAUGAGUUCAAGUUGGCAGUUCUGCGUGAUGAUUAUAGAGGACCUUGGCUGGGUAGAUCAUUUCUGCUCUACUAGCUAUCCAUUCAUCUGUUACAGAGGAACCCAAAAGAAUCCUGAAUAUGUUCUUGUGAACGAGUCGAUGAGCUGGUCCAACGCUCAGAGUUACUGCAGGGAGAACUUCGUGGACCUGGCCACCGUGAGGAACGAUGCAGAGAACCAGGGGAUCAUUAGCUUGGGUCUGAGUGACUGGACAUGGAUCGGUCUGUUUAGAGAUCCAGACUUUUACUGGUCUGAUGGGAGCAGCUUUUUGUUCAUCAACGAAGAGGAUGUUGCAAGUCCAAUCAACUCGUUGAAAGUUAUUUGUGGUGUUGCAUCAGGAAAAUCAGGAAAAUGGAAAUUUCUGCCCUGUGAAACUAAAUUACCGUUUGUCUGCUACAGUUAUCCCAUCAUGAAGCAGGUGGUGAAGCUAGAGACUGAGAGACUGGAGGUGGAGGACUCUGUGGACCUGAAGGACCCUGUUGUGAAAGCAGACCUCCUGAAACAGCUCCAGGACAGACUGGAGGAGGACGGAGUGGAUGGAGUCACUCUGAAGUGGAGAGAGCAGCCUGAUGGAGAAGUCUUCCACAAGGAGGAGAAAAGAAAGAAGAGCGAGUUGUGAGAUAGAAACCCAGAUUCAGUCAUGUGUGAUGGAGGUUUAGUUCAUUACUGAAGUUUAGUUCAUAAAAUCUACAUGACUUUAAACUCCUGCUAUCAAAUACAAUCAUUAACUGUAACCUGUUGUGAUGAAUGUUUUUAUGUGUCAUCUUUAAUAUUACUAUUUGAAAUGUGAACAUUAUAAUUUUGCUGACACAAGGCCCUUCCUAGCAGCAUUUCUUAAAUAUGGUGUACAUGACUGUAGGCUGACAGCUCUUUACUUCAGUCUCUGUGGACUCUUGUUACAGUCGGUGGGAUGAACCCUCCUCCUGCUGGACUGUUAUUGAUGUUUUCUGUGUGAGCUGAAUCUCACCUCAGCGUUAACUUUGUUUCACCUACAUCCAUCCAUCCAUCAUUCCAUCUUUCCUUCAGCGGUUGUAUUUAACGUCUAUUGGAGUACAAAUUGUCUUCAGACACUUUUCAGAGACCCAGAGGGUAUGGAGCUAGAACAGUCUCAUAAUUGACACAUGCACAGGACAAGUUUUACAAAUACACAGACCGAUUUACAAAUGCACACACAGUUUCACAUGUGCACAGAACAAUUCACACGUGCGUAGGACAAGAUAUACAAAUGUAUUUUUGAUGCACACACAAAUAUAACCUGAUUUACAAACGUUUUUUUGUCUGUGAGCUGCGCUGGAUUUGCGUGUGACUUUUGAGACUCCCCUGACGUGACUCGAUCCACAAAUACGUUUUUUUUAACACGGAAGGAUCUGGAACCAAUAAGAUGUCUUCCUUUGUUUCAGCCAAUCAUAAGAGCGCACCCCACGUGGGGGACGCAGAGCAGUGGAUAAAACUCUAAACCAAUCAGAUUAAAGGGGCGGAUACACCUGCUGUUUGAACUGCGUUAGCGCUGUUCGCUUAGAAAAGUGAUUAAUAUUUGGAGUUGGUGGAGUAAAGAUAAAUAAACAGCAACAGGAGAUAAAAGAUAAAUAAACAGAAUGGAGAGGAGAUCACUGUUCUGCUUUUAUUGUGAUCGUGUGAUAGUUUUAGAGCGUCUUUGUAGACUUAUAUUUUUAGCUACCGGUAUAUCUGAGUAUCCUCUUCACAUCAGUCAUUCAACAACAGUUUCUAAAU